GCUAGUACUACAAUAACAUCCUAAAUCCGAUUACCAAAAAAUAAAAAAACAAAAUCCUACAUCCCUAGGAGGAGAGAAAUAACUAGCCAUGUUUCACGGCCUCGCCAUUGUGCUGGGUCUCCUGGUGAACUCAGUCGCCGGAGAUGUUAAUUUCACCUAUAAUGGGUUUCGGUCGGCGAAUUUGAGCCUCGAUGGUAUAGCAGAGGUCACUUCCAGUGGACUCUUGAGGCUCACCAAUGAUACGGAGCGGCAACAGGGUCACGCUUUCUACCCCUUCCCAGUUAAGCUCAAGAACUCCACGAACGGUACUGCUUUCUCCUUCACGACCUCCUUCGUCUUCGUCAUACUGCCACAAUACCCCACUCUUGGCGUUCACGGAAUUGCUUUUGUAAUUUCACCAACCAGAGGCCGCCCGGGUGCUCUGGUGAGUCAAUAUUUCGGCCUAUUCAACGACGACAACAAUGGAAAAGACACCAAUCAUGUAGUCGCUGUGGAACUUGAUACCUUCAAGAACGUCGAGUUCGAGGACAUUGAUGACAACCACGUCGGAAUUGAUGUUAAUGGGUUGAAGUCCAACGUGUCCCAUGGAGCUGGGUAUUUUGUGGACGGUACCACCCAAUUUACAAACCUGACGCUAAUCAGCGGACGGCCAAUGCAGGUUUGGGUAGAAUACAAUAGUCUAGAUCAGAGAAUGAAUGUAACAUUAGCUCCAAUUAAUGUUCCUAAACCCAAAGUCCCACUUUUAUCUCUGUCCAAGGAUCUGUCGCCAAUCGUUAACGACACAGUAUACUUCGGAUUCUCAUCGUCAACUGGUACGAUCCUAUCAACCCAUUAUGUUCUAGGUUGGAGCUUUAUGAUUAACGGCCAAGCAGAGGAGCUCGAUUUUUCCCAGCUACCUAAGCUUCCUCGCAGAGGACCGAGGAAAACAACGAAGUUUUUAACAAUUGGAUUGCCUCUAAUUUCUCUGACUCUGGUUUGCGCAACAGGGUCAGGGGUUGUUUAUUUCAUAAAGAAGAAGAGGAAAUUUGCAGAUGUAGUUGAAGAUUGGGAACUCGAAUACGGACCUCAAAGAUUCAAGUACAAGGAUCUGUAUGUGGCCACAAAUGGGUUCAAGGACAAAGAGUUACUGGGUUCCGGUGGGUUUGGUAGGGUUUAUAGAGGAACAUUACCCACCUCCAAAUUGGAGAUAGCCGUCAAAAGGGUCUCUCAUGAAUCAAGACAAGGGAUGAAAGAAUUCGUAGCGGAAAUUGUUAGCAUCGGUCGUCUACGUCACCGGAAUUUAGUACAACUCCUGGGGUAUUGCCGGAGAAAAGAGGAGUUGCUCUUGGUCUAUGACUACAUGCCAAAUGGAAGUCUGGACAAGUACCUCCAUGGCCAACCGAAGGUCACCCUGAAUUGGACGCAGAGGUUUAAGGUCAUCAAAGGUGUAGCCUCGGGGCUACUUUAUUUGCAUGAAGAAUGGGAACAAGUUGUGAUUCAUAGAGAUGUAAAGGCCAGCAAUGUUCUCUUAGACAGUGAAUUGAACGGGCGAAUAGGAGAUUUCGGGCUGGCGAGAUUGUAUGAUCAUGGAACGGAUCCACAGACAACACAUGUAGUGGGUACUGUGGGGUACCUAGCACCAGAGCACACCCGAACAGGGAAGGCCACAACCAGCACAGAUGUGUUUGCUUUUGGUGCAUUUUUGCUAGAAGUUGCCUGUGGAAGAAGGCCGAUUGAGCCACGAGCUGAAACAGAGAAUUUGAUUCUAGUUGAUCUGGUGUUUUCGUUGUGGCAAAGAGGGGAGAUUCUUGAGGUCAAAGAUCCAAAAUUAGGGACGGAUUUUGUAGCAAAGGAAGUGGAGUUGGUACUGAAGCUGGGGCUGUUCUGUUCGCAUUCAAACCCCACGGCCAGGCCGAGCAUGCGCCAAGUGGUCCAGUACUUAGAAGGGGAUAUUCCUUUACUGGACUUAUCAGCACUAGGUCUGACCGCCAAUGGCCUAACAUUUGCCCAUGGUGAAGGUUUUGAUGACUUUGCCACGUCCUAUACGUCUUCCACGGGUCAAGUAUACACGCGUUCCUCUUCAAUUGCAGAAUCCCUACUUUCGGGAGGACGAUGAAUCUUAAACUUUUGUAUUUUAUUUGUGUUUUGAUCUUUGUAGUUGUUACCAAAUAUGUUAUACUAUUGUUUAGAGUCUUUAGACAAUGUAAUAAGCUUUUCUCAUUUUUAAUUCAAGAUUUAUUGGUUAUUUGCAUGAUGAGUUUAUAUUAUUGAACUUAAUGUAUUGAGAGCUUGAUCACCUUUCAAUUGAUUUAGUGAUUUACACAUGAACUUGAGAAAGAAUUGUGUAAAUUAGACCAGUAAUAAUAUAAACCGUGUGUUAGACUAUGAGACCGAAAGGUAAUUAGCUCACAUGUGGUAGUGGAGGAAGAGAAGAGAGUUAGUAGCUCCCUCUUCUUAAGCUAGAGGUUUCCAUAGAAUUUAAUGCUCAUUAAUUUGUUUAAAAUUACAUAGUGAUAUGAUUAAUUUAGCAAACAAAUGAAGGAUUAAUUUGACUUGAAAAAGCUGGUUAAUUAAUUUAGGGAAAUCCG